AACCAAGAUCACACCAUGUCCGGAAUCAAGGGAAUUGGUGAGAGCAAGCAGUACGACGGUGGGCAAGCUCUUCGUAACAAGACACGCGAUCAANGCUCGAAGCUGCGCAUCGGCAUCGUUCACGCUCGAUGGAACACCAAGAUUAUCGAUGCUCUCCUUGAGGGCGCAAAGAAGAAGCUCACCGAAGCUGGGACGGUGCCCGGCAGCUACGAACUUCCUUACGCAGUGCAACAGAUGUACGCAUGCUCGCAAGCGCAAGCAUCAUCGGCCAACUCGACAUUGCUGAGCUCUGCUACGGACCUCCUCUCGUCGUCGACAACCGAUCUUUCGCUCAAAGCCAAGGAGGGCGGCGCCAACGCAGCAGCUACCAAGCCCUUCGACGCCAUCAUCGCAAUCGGAGUCUUGAUCAAGGGCUCGACCAUGCACUUCGAGUACAUCUCGGACGCCGUCAGCCACGCGCUCAUGAAGCUCCAACUGGACAUUGGCAUUCCUGUCGUCUUCGGUCUGCUCACCCUGUUGACCGAGGAGCAAGGGCUUGAGCGUGCUGGCCUUGUGUCAGGCUCGAAAUACCACAACCAUGGCGAGGACUGGGGUGCAGCGGCCGUCGAGCUGGGCACCAAGAGAAGAGGCUGGCAGGAGGAGAAGACAUUCAUCCAGUAA